CUUACAUCCAUAUUGAAGAUCCCAAGUUCUUGCAAUUCGGCGCAUUAGCUUAUCAUGCCAUAUUUUUUUUAAAAAUACAUUGCAUUCUGAACUAAAUUGAAACGAGUUUUUAGUUUUUUAACAUAUAAAGGAUGAGGAGAAUCGUAAUCACUGGACUGGGAGCUGUAACUCCUCUAGGUUGUGGAGUUAAAAGGACGUGGGAAAAAUUGCUCCAGGGAAGAUCUGGUAUUGUUUCUUUAAAAAAUAAACCCGGAUUUGAGUCCCUGCCGAGUCAAGUAGCAGGCUUGGUUCCCAGAGGCACUAAUGAAGGCGAAUGGAAUCCUCUCACUUGUAUUGAUCAAAGUAAACUACGUGAAACAGCAACGUUUACUCAAUUUGCUUUAGCUGCUUCUGCUGAAGCUUUAGCUGAUGCCAAAUGGGUUAAUGUAACUGACGAAGAAAGGGAAGCUACUGGUGUAUGUUAUGCAACUGGUCUGGGUAAUUUAGAAGACGCCAUUCAACAAAACGAUAUAUUUGUGAGAAACGGAAUACGAAAAAUUUCUCCCAGAAUCAUUACCAAAGUCUUAAUGAAUAUGCCAGCAGGCUACAUAUCUCAACAGUAUGGUUUUAUCGCAUGCAACCAUACUGUAACCACCGCCUGCGCUGCUGGCUGUCAUGCCAUUGGUGAUGCCUACAACUUGAUCAAACUUGGCCAAGCUGAUGUGAUAUUAGCAGGUGGUUCUGAGGCAUGCAUAAAUCCUUUUGUUUUAGCUGGGUUUUCCAAAGCCAGAAGUUUAUCCACAAACUUCAAUGAAGAUCCAUCAAAAGCUUCUCGCCCAUUUGAUUCGGAAAGAGAUGGGUUUGUUAUCGGAGAAGGCGCCGGAGCUUUGGUCCUCGAGGAACUCGAGCAUGCCAAGCAUAGAAAUGCACCUAUAUAUGCUGAAAUUCUUGGCUUUGGUCAAUCUGCCGAUAACUAUAAUAUAACGGCCCCAAAUCCAAAUGGGUCAUCUGCGUACUUGGCUAUGAAAAAAGCUUUGAGAAAUGCCAACGUUUCUCCCCAAGACUUGGAUUAUAUAAACGCUCAUGCUACCUCCACUAAGCUUGGUGAUGUAUCUGAGAGUAGGGCCAUUGCUACUCUUUUGAAAGGUACUGGCAAAGACCCUCAAUCGCUUCCUGUGUCGAGCUCUAAAGGCUCCAUUGGGCACCUUUUAGGAGCUGCUGGGGCAGUAGAAUCAAUCUUUACUAUUUUGGCUAUUCAUGAAAAAAUUAUUCCUCCUACUCUAAAUUUACAAAAAACCGAUAUCCCAGAAGAAGAUCGGUGCGAUUACGUUCCUAAUGAAACCAAAGUAAAAACCGUUAAUUAUGCACUGUCAAACAGUUUCGGUUUCGGAGGAACAAAUGCGUCUCUUUGUAUAGGUUCCUAUCGUUAAAAAACAGUAAUCUAAAAGUUAAUACCGGCAGUUAAUUUAACGAGUGAUUUUUUUAGUUAUACAGGAAAAACAUUUAAGAAAACUCAUUAAAACAUUAUUUAGAAAAAUAAAAGGAAAGAAGGUGACACGACAUGCACUUUUCGAAUUCUGUCUGAAGAUCCUAGCGCAUUUCUCCAU